AUGACUCCUAUCACAAAAAUAGAACAGGAACUGAUCGGGUGGAAGAACGACGCAGAGUCUUCGUCAAGUUACAACGACUCCAACUUGACUGACGACGAGGCGAUAAAGCAAUUCCACGAGCAACAAGAUCGCUACCACUGUGCUGAGGCCUGGCGAUAUGCAUUGCUCCUUUAUCUUGAAUAUAUAUUCAAGAGUGAUCGCAAAAGGCGGUCUCUCGGCGUCAAUAGGCUGGUGCGUAAGACGAUUGAUCACAUUCGGUGUUGCCGACGAACAUCCCAGACACAAAAGCAACUCCUUAUCCCGGUCUUCCUUGCAGGUAGCGAGACCUCAGAUGAAGAUAUGCGCCAUUUUGUGAAGGAAUAUUGUGCGUAUUGGGGGGAGAAAUCUCGUUAUAGCAUGUUUAAUUCUGUUCCUGUGCUUUUUGAUGAAAUUUGGGCCACAGGAAAAUGGUGGGGUGCCGUGAUUGAUAGCAAGACCCGACCUAGUCCUGGUCAUGGACAGGGAACUACGCAAUUAUUAUUUGGAUAG